AUGAGGCGACUCGCCAUCUGCGCCACUGUUGCCAUUGAUGUGAAAAAGAGAUGGUCUUCUAAAUACAACCACGAGGAGGAGGAGGAGGAGGAGGAGGAGAAGAAGGAGGAGGAGGAGGAGGAGGAGGAGGAUGAUGAGGCACGUCAUGACAGACCUUCAAAGAACAAGCGGGCCAGCGAAGAGGAUGAGCGUAUUGGGGAUGAAGAGGACAUAGUACCACACUCUAAGAAAAAGACAGCUGCUGAAUUUAGAAAACACCUGGACGAACAGAUGUGGGAGAGAAGGAAACUCAACCAAAUGCAAAUCAAUUUGCAGGAGUUGAGAAAUGAGGUCCAAUCUCUUAAAAAUGAAAAUGCACGUCUGAAAGACAUUGUAAUCAAUCAAAUCCCUCAAAUGAAAAGUGACCUCGCCAUUAUUGCUCAAAAGACUGGAAGGACUCCUGUGGAGGAUCUUGAUUCCUCCUCCUCGGCUUUUGGAGAAGUGCAACCGACUCCAGAGAGGAGACCAAGUCCCGAGGAGACUGAGCCCUUUAAAGAGAGUCCCAUGGUAACAGAGUCCUUUCGAGAGACACCAGAGACUGCAGCAACAGCUGAGACCUCAGCGAAAACACAGAUUGAAGUCAUAAAGGGCUCUGGGGUGUUUUGCCAGGCAGAAGCGUGGAAAGCAGCCCGCAUUGCCAACUCUGCUACUGCCAUGGUGCGGAAUCUGCUGCUGGGCACCUUUGAUAUGGAGACUUUGCUGAAAAGCAACCUGAAUGGUGGGAAGCCAACCAGAGGGGAUGGGGAGCAGCUGGUCGCCCUUGACAAAAUUAAAAAGGCAGCCAUUAUUGGCAUCAAUGGAGACUGCAUAAGAUGCUACAUUGAAGAAGUGGCCGGCAGCCAGCCGAGGGCAGAUAGGCACAUCUAUUAAUGCGAAGCUCACGGAGCUGAGAAGAGCAACAAGAUAAUUUUUUAUGUUUAGUUUUUUUGUCUUAUUUUUGUUCUUGUACUAUAUUUUUGUUCUUGUACUAUUUGAUUGUUCUUGAGUAAAUACAUAAUGUACAUUUCUAUAUUUUGGAC